GAGGUAUCAAGUGACCAGGUGGAAAAAGAAUUUUGGAAGAACCUCAUCGAUAUCGAAAAUACUGUGUCAGUUAAAUAUGGUGCCGACUUAUUAGUCACUAAGGUUGGCAGUGGUUUUCCAAUGCGUGAUUAUGAUUUCGGCAAAAUAAAUCAGCGUGAACGUGCCAUGUAUGUGAAUCAUCCGUGGAAUCUUAACAAUGUUGCUGUUUUGAAGGAUUCUGUGCUCAAUUACUUUGAGACUGGAAUAUCUGGUGAGUUUACUUUGAUGUGCUGUAGAACAGAAAAGAUUGUUUUUCAGUUCUGUAAGGCAGCAGGCAUCGAUUGA